AUGUCUGUCUUUCUCUCUGCACCAUUCUACUUCAUGCAAUGCCACUGGUGUACAAGUACUACACGGCCUUUUGGGACGAGAGCGCCACCUCCUCCCCACCUCCACCUCUCUGCUCCAACCCCACUCCACCGCCACCCUGCCUUAUCAACUUCGCCUGUGUUCUUUCUUAAACAUCUUCUCCUAAGAUCGCUUUUAUAA